GCUUAGCAGAACACUCAAGAAAGAUAAACAGUUCAAUCCUCUUUAAGUAAACACAAGUGUUUCAUUCUGAAUUACAUAACAACAAUGAAUAUGAAAAAAACCAGUUUCUGCUGAAUUUUACUUGUGCUCUUUUUUGUCUGCCUUUCUAGGAUGUGUGUGUGAGCAACAGUUACAAUUUUUGUGUAUGCCAGUCUAUCGAACAUGGUUGUUUUGGAAAACUUGGCUGGAACUUUAAGUGGUAUUGUGGCCCACCGUCUUUGUGCUGAAACUUGUGAAUGGCGAGUUCUUGGCCAGGAACAAGAUGGAACUCUCUUAGUCGCCUGGGUGCACUCAAACCCAGGGGACAGUGCAAGAGGAUGUACAUGCAUUGGAUUGUACUACAGACCAAAAAAGCAACUACAGGUGUUGUAUCAAUUUGAAACACUGACAAAUGUUGUUCAAGCUUCUAUCAAUAGUUCAAAGACUGCUUUGGUUUAUGUCACAAAAAGCACUGUGACUGAAUCAAAUCCUGAUGAAAAAGAAUGUUGCGGUGAUGGUCAAAAAGGGAAACUUGAUGUCUAUCAUGCUUUUUUGAUUCAACUGAAAGAAGCUGCAAAAGAGGAUGAAAUUCAACCGCAACCUUUCAAACUUCCAAGCACCCCAUUAGAUCUGGGUAUUGAGAGAUCCUCACAAAUUGUCGUACAGUUUUUGUACCGCUCCAAAGACCAACCUGGAGACUUAGAUCGAUUUCUAGUCUUGAUUCACCAUGAAUCUGUGUCGCUUUACCACUACAAGCCUGUCUUUGAUGCAGAGAAUGAACAUAUAUUAAAAGCUGGAAGUAUCUCCAGUACUGAAUGUGUUGUCAGGUCUUUUACUUGGGCACAAUGGGACCCUAUUCAUCAAUCUUUAUUUUACAUACAUUUUCGUAAACCAGCUGCUUGCCUUGUUGAGGGGGAUGACAUGGGUAAUAACUGUCCCAGUACUGAAUCUGGUCGUAGACAGGAAAGUGAAUUAGCUCCUACUCUAUCAGGCCUCCAAUUUCAUGACAACAUGCCACAUGAAACAGUGCUCAACAUACCUCUCAAUCUACCCCUUUUGCCUAAAGCCAAAGGUUCUUUGUGCUCAUUGUAUGAAGAUGAUCCAAUUCCUCUAAGAGUUCAUGAUUGUUCCCUUGACUUGACUGUAGUCUCUGACCCAAGAGGAAUGGUGUGCAUAUGCCACCACUAUUUGUACCAGCCAGUUGGAUGUCACUCAAAUGGCGAAGUCAAUGAAAAAGGUCCUGGUGACAAUGUCCAUUUCGCAUAUUCUGUCACUCUACUUCAUCAUGGUUGCGUGCUUCAUUGUGUGGUUCCUGGAAUUUCCUGGAAUGUGGCAAGGAGGUUGCGCCCCAGUUUUUCUCUCUAUGGAGACCAUCACAUGUUGGUUUAUGCCCCUGGACUUUUCACUCACCUAUUAGAUAUUGGACUUGAACAUGAGCCAUGUUGUCACAUUUUAUUUGACAAUGAUUCACUUACUAUUCCUGUAUCAGACACUGCCUGUCUUGUUCCUCUUCUCCAAACAAAUGGAGCCAAGGAGACUACCUCCAGCAGCUUGAAGCCUGCAGUAACCAUGCUGGAUCUAUCAACUCUAGAUCUUGUGCCUAUAUCUAUUGCACCAGCACAUUUGCUAUGUGCCUUCCGAGGGGGCCCUCAUGGCGCACCUGUGUCAGGAAACAAAAAGAAAUGUUAUCUUCUUUCUAACCAACUUUCUAUUCUACACUAUGUUCUUGUACACUUGGGGAAUGGAGAAUUACUUUUGCAGUUGUUGAGAUGUAUUGCAAAUCAAUGUAUGGAGGUGGGCACACCACGUCUUCUUCAAGAAAUUUUGGUUGGUGGGGCGUAUGCUGCUGCCAGAAAAAACUUGCCAUCAGAUGCUGCAGCAUUAUUACCCCUCCUUCCUCUAACAAUUGCACAACCAGGCGUUCGUCAAGAAAUCAAGAUGAAUGAUACUACGCUUACUCUUUCACAAGAAACGCUUUGGAAUACUGCCAUGAUGCUACUAUCUCCUCAACAGCGUCUCAUUCCAUACAGAAGUGAUAUGUGGACAAGACUUUAUGAAAGUCUUUCAGCUUCUCAACAACGAGCAACAGAUACCACAUGCAGCACUGACAGUCGAGCGGGCGCCCGUUUCCGACCAAGUCACGUUGCUGAAAAGCUGAUGGUAUCUCUCUUAUGUUACCAGCCAGAGGCUCUUUCUCGUUGUACUACUCCACUCUCUCCAGGAGGAAACUUUGUUGGCUCUGGUGCAGCAUUCUCAGAUGUCAUUGCAAUAACAGGUGCCAACAGGAAAACUGGAGGUCUUGACUUUUUGCCAUUUCAAGAGACUGACUCUUGUACUGCUAGCAAACAAGAACAUGUCAUAUCUGUGGAUGCUGGAACUCAGGGCGUUGUGGAGGAUGAAUUGUGCUCCUGUCCUUUUUGUGAACCUUAUAAUACUUUCCGCACGGAUAAAGAAAAUGGCUUGCCUUUUUUGGAGCUGGAUUCAUGUGCAGCAAGUAAGCAGGAAUUGGUAGUAUCUGUGAACCUUCGAGAAUUGAGUGUUCAUCUGUUGAAGCACGCACAUAGGGGCCAAUCACCUUUACAUGUUCAUGCACUUGCAACUAGAUAUGUUGCUGCUCAACUUGAUAUGUCAAGAUCUCUGUGCCGACAGCUGUGUCUAGCUGCUAAGGUUGAUCCUCGACAAGAAAAAGACCGUGGCUUUCCUUUGAUUGACUCAUUGGAUGAUGCUCGAAGACGGCUAUUGUUCUGGCUUCUUGAACGCUUUCUGCUUGCUGCAGACACUUUGGCCUUUCCCUUGCCUCAAGGCUUCAUUUCAUUUUUCUCAUUUUUGGGGUACAGAACUUUACCUUUUAGCUCUUUUAUGCAAUAUUCUCUGUCAUAUUCUUUUGAAUUGCAAGUGGAUGUUAUGAAAGCAAUAAUGUCAGAUAUACCUGACACGCCUGAGGGCAGUGCACGUAAAUUACGCCUCCUUCAACUCCUGCCAAGAUCUCGUGCCAAACGUCUUCUCAAUGCUUGGUCACACCCCACAAGUUUGAUGGUGAGAGCCCGUGAGCAUGCCCUGCAUGUGCUCAGUGGUGUAGAAGGUGCUAGGGGACCACGGUCAAGCAAAUUACGCCAACCAAACAUGAAGCCAUACCAGUCACUUGUGAACCGAGGUCUUGCAGCAUUCCCCUCACAAGACCGUCUCUCUCCUCUGGACACAUUUUUGGAUUUGCUGACUGCUAAAGCCAGUCUUGCAGAGCUUGAUUUUGGGCUGUUGAUUGAAGCAACAAUUGCAUCAACCCAAGACCUUACUUUAUGAAACUAAGAAGUUUCUGUUUCUUUGGUCUCUGUAUGUGUACCUGUUAAUAUCUGUUUCCUUUUAAAGGUCCUCAAAAAUAUUUCCUAUCUAAUCAGUCAAAUUAGCUUUGUUGUAUUCAAUAUGUUUUUAUUUGUCUAGUCUUUGUCUGUAGAGUCCAUAUUUAAUGGCUUGAUUCUAGAUAAUUACUCAUCCAAAGUGAUGUAAAUGAUUAUAUGGAGUGCAAACGUUUGUACUUAAGUGCCAUUGAUAAGCUUAUUGCUGGCCAAAGAUUAUGAAUAUAUUUGUGAUAUGUUUAUUUACCAUUGCUCAUUACCAUUGAUAUUGAGGUUCAAUUCUGUUGAUAGUUUCCAACUUUUUUCUUUUUCAUUGUGAAACUUGUUUUAUUGAUGUUAUGUUGAUUUAUUCCAAGUUUUUAUGUUUUGUUAUCCGCAUGUCAUUGUUAGUUGGUAAGUUGUCUUUUUUUCUGCCGACUGCAUAUCCUAGUCCAAGUAGGCUGUUAGUUUGCCAUUUAAUCUUGAAGAUUUGCAUUAGUUGACUUGUUGUUGAGACAGACUGUUAGUUUUUGUUGCAGUGCCAAUUUAAAGAGAGACUUGUAGAUGGCAUAUAUUAGUAGAGGAUGCUCUUCAAUGCCUGUUAUUUUGUUGCAGCAAUAGUAUGUUUGUUUUGUAUUUCUGUUGCAAUAGUUGUGGUACUGAGAAAGUUUUGACUGAUUUAAUUGCAUUUUGAAUUUGAUUUUAUCUAGUCAAUGUCAUAUUAUUGUUUUACUACUGUCAAUUACAUAUGUCAUCUCUAUUUUUUUGGCCUUUUCUGUUGAAUAGAUUUUUCUAUCUUCAGUAUUUUUAUGUCAUCUGUUUUUCUUACAUUCCUCUUUUGUGUGCGCGUGAUGUUUUUUCUUUGGCAUCGUUUGUCAAAGUUGUUUCUUGGGUGAUAGUGUUUAGAGAGAGUGGAAUAAAAAUUACUUACACAAA